AUGACUGAGGAAAAUUACCACAUAGCUAGGAAAAUUCUCAGAACCUUGUUCGACGAUGAAGUGACACUGAAACAUAUUCUCUACACGAAACUAGCGCAACUGCCACCAUGCGAUGAAGAAGGCCGUCAUCUCGCUACGCUAUACAAUCAGAUGUUUCUCUCUCGUCAGACAAUUUUCGAAAGGCAAGAUGACUCGACGGAAACAGGUCUCGGAGCUCUUCUGCUCAACAAACUGCCAUUUCGAGUUCGGAGUCAAAUUUACGACAGAACCGCUCACAGCCACAACGUUUCACCUUCCGAAUUACUGAACCUCUUAACCGAUAUUGUGCGCAAGGACUCUACUCUAUUUGAAAUGGAAUAUUAUUCUCGUCAACAUCGAAGUCACGAUACCCUCUACCAAGGAUUUCAUGCAACUGCACGACCCGUCCGACGGCCUCAGAAAUUGCCUCAAAGGAAGAACAACGUCAAGAAGUGCCCUUAUUGUCGUUCUGCUCUACACAUCUCUAUACAAUGCACCCUGACCAAACCCACCCGGCACUGUUUUCUGGCUGAUCGUAAACAAUCAGCUGACCAAUCCCACCCGGCACCUCUAACACACAAUCGACCGAGAACAACAUCUACAUCCUCGUCUCGCCCUCGAAGAAUUUAUCCUCAAAGGACACAAGCACACUUUGUUGGAGUUUCAGCAGACCCAACUGUUAAGAACGGUCUGGAAUCACAAGCGCAAGCAGAAUUGAGAGAAACUACGACUUUCACCUGUUCAAUGAAUCAACUAUCCAAGGCAGAGCACACUAGUCAGCGAGCCACCUUGAUGUGUACUAACGUGAGUCUUUUCAACCCUUCCAACCCAUCCAAACAGGUGACCGUAACGGCAUUUCUUGACUCCAGCUCAAGCAAGUCAUAUAUCACCAAUGAAGCGGCCGCUGCACUA